AUGACUUUAUUCAAACAGGGAGGAUUACUGGCCAAUGCAAAAGUUACUCCGGGCAUGUUCGAGAACACAGAAAUGGCUUAUCAACUGGGAUCAUUUCUUCUGAAGAAAGAUAUCUUAGUCAAGUCAGGUCAGUGGACUCAGUCAGUGUUCCUUCUCUUUAUCAUGUCUGAAUGCUAUGUGCUGACAUCAAUGGCCUAUGAUCGCUAUGUGGCCAUCUGUAACCCACUUCUGUAUAAUGUUGUCAUGUCCCCUCGAGUGUGUUCCAGCCUUAUGCUUGGUUCAUAUUUGAUAGCAUUUUCCGGUGCUAUGGCCCACACGGGAUCCAUGCUGAGACUGACCUUCUGUGAUGCAAACACCAUUAACCAUUAUUUUUGUGACAUCCUCCCCCUGCUCCAGCUUUCCUGCACAAGCACCUAUGUGAAUGAACUGUUGGUUUUCACCGUGGUGGGCAUCAACAUCAUUGUGCCCAGUGUCACCAUCUUUGUGUCUUAUGCUUCCAUCCUCUCCAGCAUCCUCCACAUCAGCUCCACUGAGGGCAGGUCCAAAGCCUUCAGCACCUGCAGUUCCCACAUAGUUGCAGUUUCCUUGUUCUUUGGGUCAUGUGCAUUUAUGUAUCUUAAACCAUCUUCUGUUGGGUCUAUGGAUGAAGGGAAAAUCUCUUCAGUCUUUUAUACCAAUGUGGUUCCCAUGAUGAACCCUUUAAUCUAUAGCUUGAGAAACAAAGAUGUUAAACUUGCCCUGAGGAGAAUUCUGAGCAGGAGGUAG